CACGACAAAUUCCCUCAACCAUAAAUUGCCUUCCCAUCUUCUCCUCCCAAAAAUUUCAAUCCCCUUCUUUCCCUCUCCCUCUUCAGAUCCUAUUUAGCACUUUCAUCUACCCUUUUUUCUUUGUGGGUUCAUAGUUUCUUUUAGUUUUAGCCAUGAAGAACCCACAAUCAAGCUUGCCACCAGGUUUCAGAUUCCACCCCACAGAUGAGGAGCUCAUCCUCCAUUACCUAAAGAAAAAGAUUGCUUCCACACCUUUCCCAGUUUCCAUCAUUGCAGAUGUUGAUAUCUACAAGUUUGAUCCAUGGGACUUACCAGCUAAGGCUGCAUUUGGAGAGAAAGAAUGGUACUUUUUCAGUCCUAGAGAUCGAAAGUAUCCCAAUGGAGCUAGGCCUAACAGAGCUGCAGCUUCAGGGUAUUGGAAAGCAACUGGAACAGACAAGGUAAUUGCAGCAUCAUCAGCAAUCCGUGGAGGUGCUGGUGUAGGAUCAGUUCAAGAGAAUAUUGGUGUUAAGAAAGCUCUUGUCUUCUACAAGGGAAGGCCUCCCAAAGGAAUCAAGACUAAUUGGAUUAUGCAUGAAUAUCGCCUAACUGAUGCCCCUGCCUACAACGUCAAGCCAAUCAAGCCUAAAGAUUCAUCCUCUUCUGCAAUGAGGCUUGAUGACUGGGUUCUUUGCCGGAUCUACAAGAAAACACAUGCUUCGUCCCCGUCAGCAGCAGCAGCAGCAGCAGCAGCUGCAAGUGAUCAUGAUCAAGAAGAAGAAGAAGAAGAAGAACAGCUUGUUCAAGAAACCCUCGUACCAAGCUUGAAGAAUCCUCCAAGCAACAAAUCUCUGAUGCCUCAGAAAUCUUCUUCAUUCUCCAACCUACUGGAUGCCAUGGAUUAUUCUAUUCUGCGGAGUUUCCUGUCAGAUAACCAGUUGCAUCCAACCGGGUAUGAUUCAACUCCAGCACCAGUUCCCGUUGGUGCAAUACCUGAUCAACCUUUCUUCAACAACUGCAAUCCUCUAAUCAAUAGCAGCAGUAGUAGCAGCUUCUUGAUUCAAAAGCCAACCCAGUUGAGUGAUCCAAUACCAAACAUGGAAAACAAGCUCAAACGCCCACUUCCUACCAUUGAUGAGGAUAUGAAUCCUCACCCAUCAAAGAAAUUCAUUAACUGUUGCAGUUUCACAAACAGCACAACCCAAACUGAUAUGGCUCAUCAACUCAAUUUCCUAAACCCGCCAUUCUUGAACACCAGCAAUUACUUUUGAACCCUCAUAGCUUUACUUCCAAGGUUACAAUUAACCAAAGGAUCUAUAAUAUUCCAGGACAAAAAAAAAAAAAAAAAAAAAAAAAGUAGCCAAUUCUUGUGUAUAGAAGGGAUGCAUGUAUGUGAUUUUUAAGCUGCAAAAUGACAAAAAUGAACUGCUUGGAUUUUGAUGUAUGGCAUGGGAAGGAAGAUGCCAUUUUUCUAGUCAAAAGAAGUUGGAAAAAUGGAAAAAGGAGUUGAUAUUUGUGGAAUUAUGUACAUGUACAUGAUUUUUGUAGAGAAUGUGUGGUAUACAAUAAUUGAACUGGCAAAUCAAUUUUACA